AUGUUGAAAAUAAUUAUUUUUUAUUUUUGUAUUUUUUAUUUUUCUAUUGCUGAGAUUGUGGAGAAUAGUGUAUUCAACUGUCCAAAUAAUGGAGAGCCUAAAAGGGAUAUAGACAGCGGGGAACUUAUUCAAUGUCUGCCUGGUUUGUUUAUUAAUGUUGAAGCUUAGUAUAGCCUUAAUCUGUUCUGAUUUUGAUUCUGAUUUUUUGAUCUGAUUUUUUGUUCUGAUUUUUCUGAUUUUUUGUUCUGAUUAUUUGUUCUGAUUUUUCUGAUUUUUUGAUCUGAUUUUUUGUUCUGAUUUUUCUGAUUUUUUGUUCUGAUUAUUUGUUCUGAUUUUCCGUUCUGAUUUUCUGUUCUGAUUUUUUGUUCUGAUUUGGUCUUCUGAUUUCGUUCUGACUCUGUUCUGAUUUUUCUGAUUUUGUUCUGAUUAUCUUCUGAUUCAUGUUCUGAUUUUUUAUUCUGAUUUUUUAUUCUGAUGUGUUUUGAUUUUCUGUUCUGAUUUGGCCUUCUGAUUUGUCGUUCUGGUUGUUCUGAUUUUUCAUUCUGGUUUGAUCUGAUUUGUUCCAAUUUCUUCUGAUUUUGUUCUAACUUUGUUCUGAUUUUUUCUGUGUUGUUCUGAUAUUUAUUCUGAUUUAUUUUUUGAUUUUUGUUCUGAUUUGGGGGCUCCUUAGCGAUACUCUUUCUCCAAAUUAAUGUAAUAUUUACUAUUUUACUAAAUUUUGAAUAA